AUGCAACAGAUCGCAAACAGAAACCGGCGGCCUGGGGCUUUCAGGCGACGCCGUGUCCCUGGUAGCAGAGCACACCAGGCUUGCCUCCACUGUAAAGAUAAGAAACUCAAGUGCGAUGAUAGAGUCCCGAGCUGUGCUAACUGCGAGCGGCUGAGCAUAACUUGCUUGGUCCUGGAUCCACAAUCCAAAAAAUCACGACCUCGAAAUUAUCUUGAGAUGCUGGAGGGACGUGUCGCCGGCCUCCAGAGUCACGAUAACGCUACUCCACCUCAAUCCACGUCAGCUGCAGCAAGCAACGACGAGAGCACGUCAUCGAUCCCUUAUACACCCGAGGGUCGAGAUGGGACCAGCGACUUGUCUUCCAGAGUGGGCAUGCUGGACUUCCGCACCACACAGACGGAGCCGCAGUACCUAGGCUCAUCAUCUUCAUUUGCAUUCUCCCGCAUCAUUAACCUUUCUCUCAGUAGCAACCUCCCCACUGCGCCUACCCUGGCUCACCUCAGCGAUAGGCGCAGCUCGCCGUCUCCAUGCUUGCUACCAGACUAUGACGUCGCCGUUAAGCUGAGUGAUGCCUACUUCAAACAUAUCCAUCCCCAGUAUCCAUUCCUACAUGAACCGACUUUUAGAACUUGGGAGGCAAUGCUCUAUGAUUCGUCGCAAGACUUUACUGAGACUGGGUUCUCUUUCACACCGCUAUUCUUUCUCAAUAUGGUAUAUGCUGUCGCUGCGCUACUCUUACCAAACACUCAGUCCUUAGCCGGCCAACUUUACAUAUCUGCUCAACUAUAUACCGAUGUACUAUCGAAGGAUAAUAUUGAAUCCAUUCAAGCUCUGUUGUGCUACGCUAUGUACUCUCUCCGCUCCCUUGAAGGACCAUCUUUAUGGAAAAUCUCUGGUCUGGCACUACGACAGUGCAUUGAAUUAGGGUAUCAUCGCGGAGUUAAGCAGUUUGCACCCGCCGCGAACUUACUCCAACAAGAGAUGCGCAAGAGAGUUUUCUGGGUCGCCCAGGGUAUAGACUGCACUGUUGCUGUACGGCUGGGGCGGCCUUUGGGUAUUCCACCUCAAGAAAUCGAUGCCGAGUUCCCGUCAGACGUGGAUGACUCUGCUAUCACUGACACUGGUAUCUUGGACUCUCCAAGAAACCAUUCCAACCAGCCAACAACAUCGAUGUCUACUGCCAUUCACGUAUUCAAGUUACGUCAUCUCUGGGCUCGCAUACAUACAUCACUGUUUUCAGACACCGUACGCCUAAGCAUUGACGAUCAUACGUACCAUGCUCGAAUCGAACAGCUAUGA